UCCCGUCUUUUUCCGGAGCGACUGAUCGUCUGCGGGAUUCGGAUCGAGUGAGGGUCCUCGCCCCCUCGGGCGGGCAGGCGGGGGGUUGGGGGACUGAUCGUUCUCUGCGCAGCGAGAGCGACAAGAUCCAUGCGGUAUUAUGACGUGUCAGCGAUAUUUACAGAUUUGUUCACUGAGAUCAUUACAUUUGUCUUCAAUGCUUAAAUUUCGGUUAAAAAUGACAAGGAAUUUGUCAACGGGAAUCUAGAACACAACACAACAGCUUUGCUGUCUCUGUCCAGAUAUUUAAGAAGUGCAGCAAUAGAUUCAGUUGAUCAUCCUUCCUGCUCAGACUGUGGGAAUGGAUCAGUUGGUCAUUUCAGUUGAAGGUACAUCAGCGAGUUCACACUGGGACAAGACCAUUCACCUUUUCUGUUUGUGAGAAGGGAUUCAGUGGAUCUUCCCACCUGUGGGCACACCAGUCAGUUCACAUAGGGCAGAGGCUUGUCAUCUGCCGAAUUUGUGGGGAAGGAUUCACUCGCCCAUCUAACCUGAUGGCUCACCAGCGAGUUCACACCGGGGAGCGGCCGUUCACCUGCUCGGACUGUGGGAAGGAAUUCACUCAGUCAUCUAAACUGAAGGUACAUCAGAGAGUUCACACUGGAGAGAGACCGUUCACCUGCUCGGACUGUGGGAAGGGAUUCACUUGCUCAUCCCAGUGGAAGGUACACCAGUCAGUUCACACUGGGGAGAGGCCAUUCAUCUGCUCAGACUGUGGGAAGGGAUUCGCUUUGUCAUCUCAUUUACUGAGACACCAGUCAGUUCACACCAGAGAGUGGCCAUUCACUUGCUCAGACUGUGGGAAGGGAUGCACCUCGUCAUCUGAACUGAAGGUCCAUCAGCAAGUUCACACUGGAGAGAGGCUGUUCACUUGCUCAGACUGUGGGAAGGGAUUCACUUGCUCAUCUAAGCUGAAAGUACAUCAGCGAGUUCACACGGGAGAGAGGCCAUUCACCUGCUCAGUCUGUGGGAAGGGAUUCACUCGGUCAUCCACCCUACUGGCACACCAGCGAGUUCACACUGGGGAGAGGCCUUUCACCUGCUCAGUCUGUGGGAAGGGAUUCACUCAGUCACCCCACCUACAGAAACACCAGCGAGUUCACACAAAGUCUGAGCAGGAGGCUGAUUUCCUGCUCAGACUUUGAGAAGAGAUUCUCUCAGCCAAAUCAACCAAAUGUGCAUCAUUGAGUUCACACUGGGGAGAGGCCAUUCACCCGAUCUGAAUGUGGGAAGUGAUUCACCCAGUCAUUUAACCCUAUGUAACUCUUGCUUCAGCUAGCAGCUUAAUGUAGUGGGUGAUAGCCCCCCAACCAAACUUAAGAAAUGUCAUUUGGGAGGAUGCGGCGCAAUUUGUCCCCGUUACAAACCAGUACCCCGAAAUAACAAACAGAACCCAAUAUGUGAUUAAAAGAUUGAGCUUUAUAAUUCUUAGUUUAGUAAAGAAAACAAAAAAAAAGAAAAAA